AUGGGGUAUAACAAUACGAGCUCUCCAAUAGGCUCAGGGCAUGGGAGUUCGGGGGUGGAAAAGGCAUCCAGGCCCAGUUCGGUGCAGUCGACGACGCAGAUGGGAGCACGUCAUUCCGAGAGCAUGAAUCUGUCCGUGAGCUGGCUCUCGACGGAUGCGUGGAGCGCGGCGGAGUUUGCGACACUGGAGGGGCAGCGUAACAGGACAGAGAGCAGUGGGUUUACGAGCACGAGUAGCACGAGCGCGCGCAGUGACAGGUGGGCGCAGACAGAGGAGGCGGUGGGCACGCCGCAGAUGACCUUCGUGGUCUACAGCCAGAGAUACAAGCUGACAGCAUCGUACACGACGCUCUGCACUCUGAUUCCGACGACGACAACGCUGCCCUACUCGGAGGCCGCGACGUACUCCGCGCCCACGACGGUGAUCACGACCGAUAUAGCCUUCUACAAGGGACUCGUGCCGGGGGACGACGACAAGUCCGCAGCGCGGGUGAAUGGUGCACAGAAACGCACAAUCAUCGGCAGCGUGGUGGGCUCUGUGUGCGGCCUGCUGAUGUGCGCGAUGGCCGCGUACUACCUGCUGCACCUCCGCCGGCAGCGCCGCAAACAGUACAGCGUGGCGCGCGAGUUCACGCACGAGCUUGGCCGCCGCCUGGAGUACACGACAGACCCGGACGAGCCUGCCGAGCGAGCGCCGCCCGGCAGGGGCGCGCAGCGCCCGACCACGCGCGGGGGCAACGCGCGGGGCGACCGUCAGCUGGAGAAGACCGCCGACCCCUUUGGAGACGAGUACGCAGGCCUUGGCCACGGCCCCGAAGCCGCCGCGCUGCCCGUCUCGGGUGACGCCUACUUUACCAGCAGGUACUCCUACGUUAGUUCGAUGGACGAAACCACAACCGACCAGCAGUCAGACAACUCGUACAGCUCAGAGCUAGACUCUAUUCCGAUACAUCUUGCUCCGAACGAGCGCACGGACCGCCAGCAUAUGGGCGCUGCCAACACCGGGUCUCAGAGUUUUCUGAAGGAAGUCAUCUGA